AUGGGCUCACCGCAGCUGUCGUCAGACCUGGGGUACAUCCGCGUGGACACGUAUGACGUGCAGGACACGGGCGUGAACUUGACCCUGACCAUCCCGUGCACCAGCUUUAACCAGGCGGCCUUCCUCGCCUCCCUGUCCGCGCUGUUCUCGCCAGGCCGAUGCGGGGUCUCCUACACCACGUGCACCACAUCGGCCAGGAGAAGGCUGCUGCAGACUGACUCUACUGUCGUGACUAUCUACGCGCUGGCUAAUAACGACACAGACAGCUUCGCGGCCAUAGACCAGACCAAGGACUUCCUGACGUCCCAGCAGGUCCUGGACGUGCUGCAGGCAGACUCGUCAGGCACGCCCAACUCUGUACUCACUACAGGGGACUUCAACCAGUACGCUAUAACUAACGUGGAAGAAGCGUUCCCGACGACCACCGCGUCCACCCCGUUCUACGACACGUGGUACGGCAUCCUGACCAUCGUGCUCUGCUCCGUGUUCGCCGUGAUUCUGUUCGUGCUUCUCAUCGUCCUCAUCGUCUACUGCUGCAGGAAAAACAAAAACACUAAGAAACAGCAGCCGAGGCCGCGGAGACCGGACACGCCGACUGUUAUAGAGAACGCCUGGACGGACCAGAAGAAGACCGCCGUCAUCACAGACCAGAGUGGGUACAAACAAGACAGUGUGAAACAGACCUCGGAGAAUCCACUGGUCUUGGCGGCGGCUACCCAGUUCCAGAGGCCGCGGCGGGUGGCGCCUGACCGGGUCCGUAAAACUACCAACAACCGGACUGAGCUGUCCUCAGCUGACAGCAACAGGAGGGAGUUUGACGGGAGGGCGGUAGAUCCUGCCACCGGCAGAACGUACGUGUACAACACGCGGACGGGCGCGCGGAAAUGGCUGGACACUGCCCGGAGUAACCUCAACAACCGGCGGAACAUAAACAGUAACAGUAGCGAGGCUUAG